UGGGCCGCAGCGCCCAUGCCGUGAGGCCGGAGUCGCCCCUCCGCCAGCAUGCCGUGGGACGCUCAGCGGCCUGGGGGCGGUGCGAUCGGCGGGCCCGAAGGUGGCAGCGCGGCGCGCUCGCGGGCGCAGAAGCAGUGCCGGAAGUCCUCAUUCGCCUUCUACCAAGCAGUGCGCGACCUGCUACCGGUGUGGCUGCUGGAGGACAUGCGCGCCAGCGAGGCCUUCCACUGGGACGAGCGCGGGCGCGCCACUGCCUACUCGCCGUCAGAGGCGCUGCUCUACGCGCUCGUGCACGACCACCAGGCCUACGCGCACUACUUGCUGGCCACGUUCCCGCGGCGCGCGCUUGCGCCGCCCAGCGCCGGCUUCCGCUGCUGUGCGGCGCCUGGGCCGCACGUGGCGCUGGCCGUGCGCUACAACCGCGUGGGCAUCCUGCGUCGCAUCCUGCGCACCGUGCGUGACUUCCCCGCCGAAGAGCGCGCCCGCCUGCUCGACCGACGCGGCUGUGGCCGCGUGGAGGGUGGCGGCACGUCCCUGCACGUGGCCUGCGAGCUGGCGCGCCCUGAGUGCCUCUUCUUGCUGCUGGGCCACGGCGCCUCGCCUGCUCUGCGCGAUGGUGGUGGCCUCACGCCGCUCGAGUUGCUGCUGCGCCGGCUGGACCUUGACUCCGGGGCCACUCCCGCCCCCGGGGCGCCCGCAAUACCCGCAGAGCCGCGCCAGCGCCGCCUGCUGCUGCUUGACUUGCUGGUGCUGUACACGCCUGCGGGUGCUGCCGGCCCUACCCGCUGCGAGCUGCUGGGCGACCGGCCGCGCUGGCAGCGGCUGCUGGGCGAAGACAAGUUCCAGUGGCUGGCGGGCCUAACGCCGCCCUCGCUCUUCGUGCGCGCCAUGCAGGUGCUGGUCGCCUCCAUCUCGCCCUGCCGCUUCCCCGAGGCCCUGGACGAGCUGCCGCUGCCGCCCUUCCUGCAGCCUCUGGACCUCACGGGCAAGGGCUAGCCCACGGGGCGCCCGCGGCACUGGAUUUUCGGAGAACGCUAUUUUUCAGAGAGUUGUACCUAGCACUUUACAUACACUGAUCUCUGUACAUUAGAA